UCUUCCUGCUGCCUCAGGCGCCGCUCGCUGCUGCUGUUCUCGCCGCGGGCAGGGUGCAGGGACCCCCAGGUUUUCAGUGAAGCAAUCAAAUCAUGGCAUCAGUUUGGGUUGGAAGCAGAGGAACCAUUCGAGAUUACACAGACUUUAGUGCAUCCAGGGAUGCUGAAGCUGUUCGGAAAGCAAUCAGGGGAAUUGGGACGGAUGAGAAAACACUGAUCAACAUCUUCACAGAGAGAUCAAAUGCUCAGCGGCAGCUCAUCGCUAAGGAGUACCGGGCAGCUGCAGGAAAGGACAUGAAAGAUGAUUUGAAGAGUGAUCUCUCAGGCAAUCUGGAGCAUGUUAUGGUUGCACUUGUAACACCACCAGCUGUGUUUGAUGCUAAACAGCUUAAGAAAUCCAUGAAAGGUAGUGGAACUAAUGAAAAGGCACUAAUAGAAAUCCUAGCCUCCAGGAGCAGUAAACAAAUGAAAGAGGUAUCAGAGGCCUACUAUACAGUAUAUAAGAGGAGUCUUAGAGACGACAUCAGUUCUGACACCUCUGGUGACUUCAGAAAAGCCCUAUUAACUCUGGCAAAUGGCAGAAGAGAAGAGACUGUGAAAGUGGAUCAGCAUCUUGCAAAAAAGGAGGCAGAGGUUCUCUAUAAUGCUGGUGAGAAGAAGUGGGGUACAGAUGAAGAUAAAUUCACUGAAAUUCUGUGCCUCAGGAGCAUGCCUCAACUCAAAUUAACAUUUGAUGAAUAUAAGAACAUCAGCAAGAAGACCAUUGAAGAAAGCAUACAGGGUGAAAUGUCUGGGCAUUUUGAAGAUUUACUCUUAGCCAUUGUUAAAUGUGUGAAUAACACGCCUGCAUUCUUUGCUGAGAGACUGCACCAGUCUUUGAAGGGUGCUGGAACUGAUGAAUUCACUCUUAAUAGAAUCAUGGUUUCCAGGUCAGAAAUUGACCUGUUGGAUAUUCGAGCAGAAUAUAAGAAGCUUUAUGGUUGCUCCUUGUACUCCGCUAUAAAAUCUGAUACCUCUGGGGACUACGAGACCACACUACUGAGGAUCUGCGGAGGGGAUGACUGAAAGUAGAAUCAUAAGGCGCACAGAGCUAUUGCUUUUUCUGCAACCUACAGUAAUGCUUCCCGUGAAGCUUUUUAAAUGUUAUAGUAAGCAUAAAAUUGCAAUGUGCUGACUGCAUUCUCAUCGAGUAGCAUAAUAAACAGGUGUUUGUUUUAGGGCAUCUCUUCUGGCUGUUUUCUGACUGCGUACUGGCCUCUGGAUAAACUGCUUAAAAGAAUAGAAGUCAGAUCUCCAGCUAUACACUGUGCUCCCCUGUAAACAAGAAGACUGUAAAUAGUUGCCACCUUUCUACAGCAUCAGAAAAAGUAACAUUGUCUUGCAGUAGGGGCAGAAAGCAACUCAGUGAAAGGUCAAAUUUAUAGAUACACAGGCUGUGUUUGGUUGCUUGCAUUGGUGAACUGAUUGUGUAAACACUGGAUUCUUCUGAAAUAAAGUUAAUCCAAGGAG